GCCGCCUCUCGUUAAAGCGCGCCCGGGGCCGCCGCUGCCUCCUCUCGUGCCUGCCGCGCCGCGCGCCGACAUGUCGGACAAGCUGCCCUACAAAGUGGCUGACAUCAGCCUCGCAGACUGGGGUCGCAAGGCCAUUGAGAUCGCAGAAAAUGAGAUGCCAGGGCUGAUGAAGAUGAGGGAGAUGUAUGCAGCGACGAAGCCCCUGAAAGGUGCUCGCAUCGCAGGUUGCCUUCAUAUGACCGUGCAGACGGCGGUUCUCAUCGAGACCCUUUUAGAGCUGGGAGCUGAGGUACAAUGGUCAAGCUGUAACAUUUUCUCAACUCAGGACCAUGCGGCAGCUGCUAUUGCGAAAGCUGGUAUCCCUGUGUUCGCCUGGAAAGGGGAGACGGACGAGGAGUAUCUGUGGUGCAUUGAGCAGACCCUGUACUUCAAGGAUGGGCAGCCUCUCAACAUGAUUUUGGAUGAUGGUGGAGAUCUGACCAACCUAGUCCAUACCAAAUACCCACAGCUCUUGAAAGGGAUUAGAGGUAUUUCAGAAGAGACAACCACUGGAGUUCAUAACCUGUACAAGAUGAAGGCCAAUGGGACCCUGAAAGUGCCAGCCAUCAAUGUUAAUGACUCUGUCACGAAGAGCAAAUUUGAUAACCUUUACGGUUGCCGAGAGUCCCUCAUUGAUGGCAUCAAACGUGCCACAGAUGUCAUGAUUGCUGGAAAAGUGGCAGUGGUGGCAGGUUAUGGUGAUGUGGGCAAAGGCUGUGCCCAGGCCCUGAGGAGCUUUGGAGCCAGAGUCAUCAUCACCGAAAUCGAUCCCAUCAACGCACUGCAGGCAGCUAUGGAAGGCUAUGAAGUUACAACCAUGGAGGAGGCCUGCAAAGAAGGCAAUAUUUUUGUUACCACCACCGGAUGCACUGACAUUGUUCAGGGCAGGCAUUUUGAGCAGAUGAAGGAUGAUUCAAUAGUGUGUAAUAUUGGCCAUUUUGAUGUGGAAGUUGACGCCAAGUGGCUGAAUGAAAAUGCAGUAGAGGCUGUGAAUGUAAAGCCCCAGGUGGAUCGGUAUACACUGAGGAAUGGCCGCCACAUUAUACUCUUAGCAGAAGGCAGACUAGUCAACCUGGGCUGUGCCAUGGGUCACCCGAGCUUCGUUAUGAGUAAUUCCUUCACCAACCAAGUGUUGGCACAGAUCGAGCUGUGGACCAAUAGUGACAAAUACUCUGUUGGAGUCCAUUUCCUUCCAAAGAAGCUGGAUGAAGCUGUGGCUGCUGCACACCUGGAUAAACUGUGUGUGAAGCUGACAAAGCUGAGUGAGAAGCAGGCCAAAUACCUAGGCUUAUCAAGAGAUGGGCCAUUCAAGCCAGACCACUACAGAUACUGAGCAGGUGGCGCUACCCAAAGAAAAACAUACAGGGAUUCAACCUUCCAAAGCUCUUUUGUGUAUGCUGGAGAUCAUUUGGAGAACAAGCCCCUUCUCUAUCAUCCUCUCAGUAUUGCAGAACUGAUCCCUUUACCAAGAAAGUGUCAGUUUGUUUCCCUAGUGAGAACAGAUCACUACUCUGGUUACCUAACUAAAGUCAUGGUGGGUGCAUCCUCUACAUGCAUACAUACAUGCAUACAAACACACACACACUCUUCCAUUACAGUUUUGAUCAAAACCAAGAACCUUCUGUGUUGCUUUCACAGCAAUUCUAGAAGGGGUGUUUAAUUUUUAACAGCCUUUUAAUGUGUUGUGAAUGACUGAGGAAACCACUGCUGAGGGGAUGAUUACGUGUUGGAAUCAUGCUUGAUUCUCUGAAAACACCAGUGACACGCUUCUACCCCAACUUGAUUUUCGAAGUUGUCACAUCUGGGUUAUCUUCUCUGUCAGUGUCUCAAAAGUGCUUUUAUUAAAGAUCUGACUGUGG